AGUUAUUAAAUAUAAAUAAUGAAUAUUACUGUGAGAAAAAAAGCCAGUAAUCACAAAUUCCAACAUUAUGUUACAUUUAGGUUUUGAUAAAGCUUUUGACUUCAUUAUGAGCCUUCCAAUAGUCAAACAACUCGUGAAACAUUCUCAGCACGAUAUUCCCAUGAAACUUCUAUUUUUUAAAAUGUCCAGACUCAAACAUUCAGUUGUGGUGAUGAAGCUUGUCGUUGUGUGAAUGAUGGAGGUCGCAGGCUCGUGUUUGGACGAGGAACUCGGCUUAAAAUAGAAAUCAGUAAGAAUUCACAUUCAUUGACAAACCAAACUGACACAGGUUUUCUUGUGAAUGUGAAUAUCUCCAUGUAGUGUAGUGAUUAAAUAGUCAGUUGUUGUUGAAGCCGUAUCUGAUGUGUGACUCAGUCUGGACAGAAGGUUGUGUUUGGUUCAGGGAUUCAAGUCUCAGUGGAAACAAGUGAGUUCUGCUUCAGUCUAUCGUUAUUUCUAUAAAUAAGUUUAAUGUUUCAGUGAGUUUAGUGGUGAUUUUAUCCAAUAUUGAAAUUAUGUUUUCUUCUGAGUUUAAACACAGAAUAAAUAAUGUAACAACAUGUAUCUGGUUCACAGUUAUAUUUCUGGAUCAUUACAGCAACAGUUUCAGUUUUUACAAUAAAGUCUGAAACACGUCAGACAAAGAAGUAAUUGUAUUACAUUUUAAAAAGUAAUGGGAACUUCUUUUGGAAAGUAAUAUUUUACUAAAUACUUCUAAAAUGUUGUAGAAGAGCGUCUGGUCCAGUCAACAGUUCUUGUUCAGGUUUCCUUCAGAGUGUGAAUAGUAACAACUAUAAAAUAACUUUUGGUUCAGGAAUUCAGCUCCAAGUUCAAACACGUGAGUAAAAAUAUAAUGUUAUCGCUCUUAAAGUUUAGUUUGUCUUAAAUCAAAUUAACAAACUGCAGGUCUUCAGAUAUCUUUAAAUAUAUAUGUUUAUAGUAAAACACAUCAUGAUGCAUUUGAAGACACGAGUAUAUCUAAAGUUUCAUACAGCUGUUCUGUCGUCAGCUUCAUUUACUCAUUAUGAUGUAACAUUUCAUAAAAGUAAGCAAGUGUUUCUUGCAGAUACAAAUUCAGGACAAACACACAAGCACAUGGCAACACAUCACACAUGUACAUAGAAUAAAUAGAAAGAACCCAUAGAUAACACAGACUCAUUCAUGGCUGCGUUUGGUUCACAUUAAUAUUUCUGGAUCGUUACAGUUCAUUACGUUCAGAUUGAACAUUAAACAUGUCAGACAAAGAAAUAAUCAUAUUACACUUAAAAAAAGUAAUGGGAAAUGACUUUGAGAAGGAAUAUUUUACUAAAUACUUCUAAAAUGUUGUAGAUGAGCAUCAACAGUUCUUGUUCAGGUUUCCUUCAGAGUGUGAAUGGUAACAACUAUAAAAUGAUCUUUGGUUCAGGAAUUCAGCUCCAAGUUCAAACACGUGAGUAAAAAUAUAAUGUGAUCGCUCUUAAAGUUUAGUUUUUUAAACAACCGGACUCUUAAAUGUUUUCUAAAAUUUCCUAAACAUAUUGUGUUGUCAAAUUAAAGUCUUUAUUUUAUGAUGUCAUUCAAUAAAUUUCCAGAUGCAGAUUCAUCACAAACACACAAGAUACAACUUUAAACGCACAAUAAAUGGAUAUACUACAGUAAAUGGAGAGGAACCCGUAAAUAAACUGUAAAAAUGUUCAUAUCGUUAUUGUAUAAUUAAUGUAUCUGUGUUAAAAACUCCAAAUACACAAAAAUAAUUUUGAUUUACUUUUAAAAACUGAAAACAGAGACUAAUAUUAAGAAAUAUGUUACUAAAUACUUCUAUAAUGUCGUAGAUGAGGGUUUGGUCCAGUCAACAGUUCUUGUUCAGGUUUCCGUCAGAGUGUGAAUAGGAACAACAAUAAAAUGAUCUUUGGUUCAGGAAUUCAGCUCGAAGUUCAAACACGUGAGUAGAAAAGUUUAUAAAAGUCACUUGAUUGUGUUAGAUGAUGUUAAUAUUGACAUGUAUAUAUAUAAAUGUGUGGAGAAAACAAAACAAAAAUAACAUAAAUCUUUUAUUCCAACAUUUUAACAUCAUCUGAAGACAUAUGUGAAAAAAUUAAUUACUGCUGGUGAUAAAGAUCCAUCAGUGAUGAACUAAUGAUGACAUUCACAAUAAUGAUAAUACUGAUACUAACAGUAUUAAUAAUAGUACCGUAUGUGGUGGGAUAUGCUGGAGCAGUGUGUGACAGUGUGGGAGUUUUUGUCAUGGAGAUGGUGAAUGUGUGAAUGCUGGAUACAAGUUCACUUUUGGAAAUGGAAUCAAAGUUCAAAUCCAGACCAGUAAGUCAUCAACUAGUUUUAACAACAGCAGUUAGAAAAUAUGAAGAUAUCAAUCUCUGACCUAAACUUUCACUGUGUAAUGUCUCUUUAAAGAUAAUCAAAUCUUUUCAUGUUUGUCAAAGAGUCACACAAUGUGUUUCUAUACAUAAAACCGUGUUUAAACGGUGAUAAGAAGCGUGAUGGCUUGUUGUGCUGCAGUCGUUCAGUGUGUGAACGCUGCUGGAUCUAAAAUCACCUUCGGAGCCGGAAUCCGUUUAAUCGUUAAAACAAGACAAGACUAUGAACCGUCCUACUACGCUCUGGGAAAUGGUACCACCGAGGUGUGCCUGGCCACCGGCUUCAGCAGAUAUAAAGCAACACAUGAUCACCCAUCAUAUGGGACGGACUUUUUCAAUAAGACCAGCGCCGUGUUAAUUUCUUCAGACUCCCUGUACAACCAGGUCAUCUUCACAAACGAUGACGAUUACACCUUGUGUGAAGGUAAGAGUGAUCAUGAGAAAUGUGUGGACGCUUUGGAUUCAGAUCCGACUGUGAACCUCGUGUCUUUGACCAUCCUCGGCCUCCGCGUGAUCUUCCUCAAGACCAUCAUCUUCAACGUCCUGAUGACUCUGCGGCUGUGGAUCAGUUAAUAAACUGGACGUUUAACAUCAAGAAGAAAGAAGACGCCUCACACAUGGACCUGAUGCUGAUUGGUCCGAGCGUCUUUAACGUGUAGAAUAAUGUGUAAAAAUAUCACCUCAGCCUCAGCUCUAAUCUGCAUGGGAAGUUUUUCUCCUAUAAAAUGAAAUGCUGAAUAUUUUUGAAGAAGCUUUUUGUCAUUUUGUCGCUGAUGUUGUUUUCGAUGAUUGAAUGUUGACUCUGAUGUAAAUAUCACAGCUACAUUUAAAAAAACCUGCUUCCAUUUAAAUUCUCAAUUCUCUUGUAACAAUGAAAACUUAAAGAAUAAAAAAGAGAUUCAGUAGAA